AUGGACCGACUACUUCUGGUGUCUGAGCUGCUUCAACUGUCUGAGCUGUUUCUGCUGCCGGAGCUGCUUCUGCUGCCUGAGGGACUUCUGGUUUCUGAGUCGCUUCUGGUGCUUGAGCUACUUCUGGUGUCUGAGCUGCUUCUGCUGCUGGAGCUGCUUCUGCUGCCGGAGCUUCUUCCGCUGCCGGAACUGCUUCUGUUGCCGGAGCUUCUUCCGCUGCCGGUGCUGCUUCUGCUGCCGGAGCUUCUUCCGCUGCCGGUGCUACUUCUGGUGUCUGAGCUACUUCUAGUGCUUGAGCUACUUCCAGUGUCUGAGCUGCUUCUGCUGCCAGAGCUUCUUCUGGGGCCUGAGCUGCUUCAGGUUUGA